AUGACUGAUAAAAAGGCUGCGAGUCAGUUGAAUGUCUAUGAUAAAAAUCGGAGCGUUCGCUCGAUGAUUAAAAAAAAAUCUGUUCCCAAAGCCGUUCUGUGUGCACCUUACAAAAUUAUUUGGCCUAAUGUGGAACAAAAGGUUCAAGAAGACAUCUUAAAUGAAUUAGAAAGAUUUUUCAAUAAUGAAGUUUUUAAGAAGCCAGCAAGAAUAAAAUUAGACAAAGAAUCUCGAAAAGAAAAAAAGAAACUUCAAAAAAAUGAUCAAAAAACACAAGCAAAUAAAUUUAGGAAGCUUCUGGCUAUCGGUCUACAGGAUGUUACAAAACAUGCCAAGAAAAAUAAUCUCUCAAUAUUCUUUGUGGAUAGAUCAUCACCAUGGCAACUGCAUCGACAUUUAAUUCAGUUGUGUUCCAUUCUGAACUGCCCUGCAGUAGCACUCGAUCAGUUUUCUGAAAAAAUAUCCCCAUUGUUGUCCGUGUCGAGAGUGUGUGCUCUUGGAUUCAAAAAAAAUUAUGAAGUCACUUCAGAGCAAGAGAGAUGUGAUUAUAACAUGUUCGAAAAGCUUGUAAAUAAAAUUGCUCCACUCUGUCCCCAAUGCAUCUUGCCCUGGCUCGAAUGCGAACAGGAGCUGCUGGCCAUAAAAAAUGACGCAAUCAAAUUGGUCGAAAACGCCAAAAAUAAUUGUAAUAACGAUAUAAAUAAUGAAAAUAAAAUUGAUAAUAAUGAUUGUAAUGAUAAUGAUAAAAUUGAUAAUAAUGAUUGUAAUAAUAAUGAUAAUGAUAAAAAUAAUAGUAACUUGAGUAUUGAUGAAUCAUUGUCAUCCUCUGAUGAUAGAGAUAAUGAUGAAGAAGAUGAAGAUAAAUCUGUUGGGUCGAAUUGUGAUAAGAUUAAUAAUGAUAACAAUGAUGAAAUAAUGCCAGAUGAUGAGGAUAACAAAGAUGGAAAUGAAUAUGAAUCAUGUUCUGAAUUUUCCAAUUUAUACGUUCAUAAAAAUACCUCAUCCGAAUGUGAUUGUGGUUCAUCAUUCACAAAAGAAAAAAACAACGAUUUAUGGGACUAUAAAAUGUUUAGAUCUGACAUCUUUUUUAAAAACGAUCCAACCACCAAAGAAAAAUCUAAUAAUUUUUUCAAUGAGAGGGCUUCACAACAGAACAACCAGAGGAAAAGAAAAUUUCAAGAGACUGUAGUGGCUAAAUUUCUUAAAAAUGAAUUCAGAAUUAAAAAGAAAAAAUAA